CAUGUGUGGAGUCGCUGGGUGUGGAUUGUUAGUAGAGAGAAUAGAGAGUAUGGGUGUAGAUAUAAGCCAGACAUGAACACAACACGUGAAACUCUAGUUAUUGUACUGAGGAAUGUGUAGAGGAAGCUGACUGACAGAACUCUCCUGUGAGAGUGGGACUGUGUGAGGUUUAUGCGGGAUUAAGGAGAAGCAGUGUUAUUGGAAAAUACUGACUAAUGCCAUGGAUACCGGAUGAACUUUUAGAGAGAUGCUCUUGGAUAUUAUACACAAUAUCUGCUGGCUAACUGUUUCAUCACAUCUGGCAUGUGAAAACUUCAAGCGGUUCUGAACCAGACCCCCCAGUGCUGCCCCUGAUCGAUGUGGGCAGUCUCAAGGAAAGACUUUACACCACAGCUAGGAUGGCGUGUGUCUCAGUCUAGACACAGCUUCAGCCAGAGAAGGGAUGGGGACCGAAGUCAAGAUAAAGAAUAAGAUCUCUGCACUGGAUGUUCAAAUCCAUCAAGCAGCAAUUCAUCCGAAGGGCAGAUUCGAAGUGAAUGGCAACUACAUCGAAAAAUGUAAAAUGGCUGAUGUAGAUUCUCUCAAUUUGGAGAAUGGUUUCGUUCCGAUUGGUUUACCAAGAAUUAUCUCCCCUGACGAUGAGGCACCAUCAGAACAUCUGUGUAAUGGACAUCAGGAGGUGGUUGAAGAGGAGGAGGAGGGAGACGAGUCCUCGGGACUCACAGAUCAGAGCGUGCCCUGCUCCUCUGGGGAACACACCAACAGUGUAGAUGUGGUUGAGGGUGAUGAGAAUGACCAGGUAGAAUCACAGACUGUUCCGGAGAGCAAUGGUCCUCUCCCGCGGGUCACGGAGGAAGCUGAGCAAGGGGACUCCACCCAAGGGGAUUCCGCCCAGGGGGACUCCACCCAGGGCAGUGAUUCCGAGAGGACUAAGGUCGAGGAGGAGGACAAAAAGUUUGAUCCUAAGAAAGGAGUACGACUGUCACUAAACCUAAGACAUGCAUUUACUAGUUGUAGAUCUAGCAAAGAUAAGAAUCUCAAAGACAAACCACCUCUACCUGGAACACUCAAACCAAAGUCAAGGCCAGCCCCUCGCCAGUCAUGGCUGUUGCGGUUGUUCGAAUCCAAACUUUUUGACAUGUCCAUAGCUAUUUCAUAUCUAUUCAACUCAAAGGAGCCUGGAGUUCAGACGUAUCUAGGUAACAAAAUGUUCAGUUUCCGGGAUGAGGAUGUUGACUUCUAUUUACCCCAGCUGCUCAACAUGUACAUUCAGAUGCAUGACGUCGCCGAGGCCAUACACCCCUACCUUGUGCACAGGUGUCGGAACAGUGUCGACUUCUCCAUCAUGGCGUGCUGGUUGCUGGGAGCAUACUCAGCAGAUGUCCACAAACCUUCAUGGAAGAACUCGCAGGGUGUCAAGUUAAAAAAUAUGAUCCUCAAUGAGGAAUUACGCCCCCCGAAACAACACUCCAAGAGCCAGUCUACCGUCACGAGCCCCACCCACCACGGGAUGCUUCUACCUGGAGCCACACCCAACUCGUUAGCGGCAGUGAAGAAAACACAUCAUCGAUCAAAGUCAGAUGCGACAGGAAUCUAUCUGCGGCACAGUGACAGCACACCCAACAUGCAGUCAGUGGCAGGAGACUUAGCAUCUGGCAGAGCCUUCGACAACGGGUGCACCUGUCACCAGAGCUCGGAAGCUGUCCUCAACGACUUGACAGGGAAGGAGACGCUGUGUAUGUGUGAGGCCCCACGACUUAUGCCCCAGAAUGAGUUUGUUCAGGCUCUGAUGAACAUCGGCAGUAGACUACAAAUCCUUCCUACCAAAGAACUAAGAACGUCUCGCCUGAUCGCAGAGCUUGCUAUGUUAAACCUGAACCUCCCUGCACGGGUGUGGCUGCCUAUAGCUGCAGAAAACCAUCAUAUCGUCAGGAUUCCGCACACACAAGCUGUCGUGCUCAACUCAAAAGAGAAGGCUCCGUACCUGCUGUACGUGGAGAUUCUGGAGUGUGAGAACACCGCGUCCAGCCAUGUGCCCCUCAAGCUGCUGGAAAACACGCUGCGCUUCACCCGCUCCGAGGAGGACCUGUCUCACUACGCCACACGCACCAACGGCUCGCCCAAACCUGACUUCAGCGUCUACUCCAUGAACGGAGACUUUGAUGAUGCUGACUGCUGGUCACAAGAAGAUGAUGAGAUCAUUCAGUUUGCAAUGAAGUGCCGGUCUAGUGACACAAUAUCACAGAUGUCCACAGAGAGUUCAACGAGUGCAGACAGUAAGGACCCAGUGUACAUUGCAGCAGGAGACAUCCGGAGGAGGCUCUCUGAGAAUAUCUCUGCCCCCAAGGGGAAGUUUGAGCGAGACCCCGAGGACCCGUCAGCGGCAGCCCUGAAGGAACCCUGGGGGGAGAAGGUCGAGAGGAUCCGAGAGUCCUCCCCGUACGGUCACCUCCACAACUGGCGACUGUUGUCCGUCAUCAUCAAGUGUGGCGACGACCUGCGCCAAGAGCUCCUGGUCUAUCAGGUUCUACAACAGCUAAAGAACAUAUGGGAACUGGAGCAUGUGCCCCUGCGGAUCCAGCCCUACAAGAUAGUGGUGACAACCAAUGACAGCGGGAUGAUUGAGCCUGUCCGGAACGCUGUGUCCCUCCAUCAGAUCAAGAAGCACAGCAAAAAGUCUCUGUUGGACUAUUUCAUUCAUGAGUUUGGCCCUGCAACAUCAGAAGGAUUUUUGACAGCUCAAAAGAACUUUGUACAGAGUUGUGCUGGCUACUGUUUGGUGUGCUACCUCAUGCAAGUAAAAGACAGACACAAUGGGAAUAUCCUGCUGGAUUCAGAAGGCCACAUUGUCCACAUCGACUUCGGGUUCAUCCUGUCCAGCUCUCCGGGAAAGAAUCUGGGCUUUGAGAACUCACCGUUUAAACUCACUCACGAGUUUGUUGAGGUGAUGGGUGGUCUGGGCAGCGACAUGUUCGAGUACUUCAAGAUCCUGCUGCUCCAAGGCUUCUGUGUGUCCAGGAAACACAUGGACAAGAUCCUGCCCAUCGUGGAGAUCAUGCAGACAGGGUCACAGCUGCCGUGUUUCAGCAAGGGGGUGAGCACGGUACGGGCGCUGAAGGACCGAUUCCACCUGAACCUGACCGAGGAACAGCUGCAGCUGCUAGUAGACAACCUGGUGGAGUCCAGUCUCCACUCACUCACUACCAAACUCUACGACGGCUUCCAGUACAUCACCAAUGGCAUUCUCUGAUACAACAACCAGUCACAGCGAAUCUUACAAAUACCAGAAGAUGAGGAUUCCAGGUUACAAAGCAUUACUAGUCUUCAGCGAGUCAGAAUUGACACAAUAAAACUGGUUCAUGUUGCCCUGAGAUGCCACCCUGUGAGAACUGUUGUUCAACAUCACGGAUGGGUGUUCAGCAGUGGUACAGUCAGUGUUCAGUCGAAGAACAUACUGUUCAGCAGAGGAACAUGCAGUGAUCAGGAGGGGAGGAUUCGGAGGCAUGACAGUGGGAUGUUCCUUGGAGGGAGAGUCAUGCUCAGUGUAUAAUGUCAUUUUAUAUACAGACAUCUCAAGUGAAUGAUGAAAUUAUGAUGAAGUGAUACUGUGUUUUCUUCCAGGAAAGUGUGGAUUGUUCAGAGAAUCUGAUGACAUAGCCAUGUUCAACUGUGUAAACUCUUCUUCGUCAAACUCUGUGACCAGAGCUACUUCAUCUCGUCUGUUCUGGAUGUAGAAUAAAACACAUUCAGCUUCUCAUCUGUAGAUAUCAUACGAUCAUCAAUAUUGGCAUCACUGAAACAAAUAAUGAAAUAGUGUCUCCCAGCUACAAGCGUGUUGUAGCUAUCGUGUUAUGAGCAUGGUGGACAAAUUGUGCAUGUUCCCAAGAAGAAUGUCUGUGUAUCAUGAACAGUGCUAGGGAAUAAGCAACCAUCUCUUUUGCUCUGAUGCGGAUGUUAGACAGCAAGAAUUCAGACUGAUGGAACCAUUUGAAUGAGAUUCCUUUCCAUUGAAUGCUAUAGUCUCCAUUUGUCAACUGGCUUCUAACAAUUUCGCAAUUGAUGUUUGAGCAACGAGAACCCAUUGUUAGUAAAUGCGUUUGUGAGGAUGACAAAAGGUAAUAUGUGGAUGAGUAUCCUGUUGCAAGAAAGAUGCACAGAUGGCCCUUAUGAUAAGACAUCUGAUCAGGACUGGUCACUUUAGACGUCUAUAUUCAGGUGAAGGAUGUGCUGGAGGCACUACGGAGGGUAGAAGAACCAUGGAGGUGUACAUCCAUGUUUGUCGUAUGAUUCCAUCAUUGUCGAACCACAGGUCAUUCAGGGUUACUAUGUGCUGUGUAUGUGUGGCAGACUACAAGCAUGAUGUGUGCAUACUUCCGGGACUGCCUGGCUAUUGUGUACUGCUGUGUAUAUAUGUACCAUGUCGACUAUGUCACAUUGUUUAGUUUGGAUAUGGCUCUUUUGUCAAUUGUGCUACACAUAUUUCACACAUUUAUGAAAAUCUUGGUGAUAUGUAAGGAUUAAGAGAAACCAUCAUAGUACCGGUACUACUGAUGUGACAUGCUAAACGUACAUCAUUGUCUCAACUCGACAUGCUCUAAGGAAAGCAGGUUUGGAAAGUGCACAGGCCUAUUGGGUUUUGUAUUAAUAUUUUGUGGACUCAUUUUACCCUUCCUGCAAAUUAAUGGAUGAAGUUGUCUUCAGCUGAGAGUAUAUCUGUCACUGCUAUGCCUGUGUAAAGUGUCACCACUGUCUAGAAAAUGUGAGUCACAGUUUCUUCACUUGUCUCUCUUACUCCUUGUAGGAUUAAAUGGCAUAUAUUUUUUCUAAUAUCCUUCAUCCACAUCAACAGCUAUUUUCUACCUUCAUGUUAAGAUUCAUCAUGUGCUAGGCAUGUACUGUGUGAUGUGUUUCUGAUCACUGCGGUUGGCAUUGUGGAAGUGCUUGUCAGUGGUAUUGGACUCCAGUAUUUUGUGUGUGGAUAGUUUCCUCCUGUGACACUCUUGUCUGUUGUCUGUCUCAGUGUACAGAAUGGAAGUACAUUGCAGUACCUCCGGGACAGAAUCAGUAUUGACUGAAGUAACUUCACAUGUUUGGGAUGCUGGGUGAGCAGCCAGUGGAACUAAGGCAUUGUUUGUGCUUUUUAACAACAAACAGUGAACAAUAACCUUAUUCUAGAAGUUGGUAAGUAGGAAAGCAUACAAUCUUAUGGAUAACAACUUCUGGUUUAUUGCAUAUAGCCAAGUUUCAAUGAUGAUUCUUAUACUGAUAUCAAGUACCAGCUCCAGUGUAAGAAUCUACAUCGAAAAAUCGCUAUAUGCAAUAAUCAAGAAGGUGUUUUUUUAUGAUUGUUCAGUCUGGUUUUGAAAAUAUUUUUGAGUUUUUAGAAAUUCAGCUAUAUUUAGCAUGCUUACUGGUAUCUUUUCAAAAUUUGCUUUAAACUUUAACUUUCUGUCCAAUAAGCUUCCAAUCUGUUUGGAAUUGAGUGACCUCCCUGCUUUCACUUUCAGUCAAAUAUGCUUUAAGUCAACUUUCAGUUUUCCUAAACCUAAACCUAUGACUUUGACUCUAUUAUGCAUUUGCCAAUCUGGUCUUCUUUAGUAUUUGAAAUGUGUAAGUUGGCUAAAUGAAUAGAUCAAAGAUGGCCAAAUUGCAGGAUUACUGGUAACGCUUUACUGUGUUUUUUGUCAUAUCAUGCUAGUCAUGCCCCAGCCAAUGCAAUAUAUCGAGAGACCGAGAUUGUGAGAAAGUCAGAGAGAAUGAAUGUUCGUCAUCGAAUCAGAUGCUUUGUUGCUUCUGACAAAUAUGCAUUAUCGCCAAAGGUCACAUGUAAAUAUGAGCAUCCUACUUAACAUUGUUGUAUAGAAUACAUUAGGGGAAAUCUCAAAACAUUUUGUGACUACUUUCCAACUGUGGACAACUGCUUUGGUGUUCAGUGGAAUUGUUCUGAUCUGAGUUGUUAGCUUAGCCUAAUCUCUAAGAUGUGUCAUUUGCAAAAUGACCUUUGAGAAAUAGCACAAAACGUUUUGAGAUGGUCCCUGUCGCAUGUAUAGCAAUUUGUGUCAUAUUUAUUGAAUAGUCCACUGAAAUAAGCUGUUUUAACAAGUGACAAAGGAUGGGACAGGGAUUUGAUACUUCUAAACACAGGAACUGAACAUACUCUUUGAUAUGAGAACAUGAGCAGUGCAAUAAAGAUGUGUAUUGUAGUAUUAAUGAAAUUAUCAUAUUGCAGAACAAAUGUAUGCGGGAGGUGUCAUGCUGGGUGGUAACAGCUGGAAAGACAUUGUCAUGGAUUUUAGACUUGUUAUGUUUUCCAGUUUAUCAGCAUGAUCAUGUCACUUUUUUCAUUUCUUUUUAACAUGUUGACACCUACGCCAGCGAUUAAGGAGAGUUGCCGAACCAUAGGUCAUUGUGAAUAUUACAUUGAUGUCAUUUCUGGGGUGUUGUCUGUUUUACCUUACCUGUUAGCAGCUACAUUAUGGUCAACACACCUCUACAGAUAAACAGUCAUCAAACAGCAGAGUGUAAGAUAAUGUGUUCAAGAGCUUAAAGUAAAAAAAUGUUUCAUAAUGAUUUUGAGGUUAAUGAAUAAUGUAUGAUUGGCAUAAUGUAAUGUUAAUCACAUAAAGUCUUUUUUUAAUGAGUUCUUUUCGAAUUGCAUUAUAAAAAAAUUAUAACAAACUCUUGGGGAUGUAUCUGGGGAUCUCACAGCCUGAUAUUGUGGCUAUGAGUCUGCAGCGGUUCCAAAAUUGUGAUUAAACUUUUUAAUUUAGUUGGAUAUAACUAGAACUUAUAUUGUAAGUUUGCAAAGGUUCCUUUCCUUUUCCUGAUCACUGGAGAAAGAAAUACUUUAAUAUUAUAAUUUUUUUAAAUACAAUGUUAAAAUGCCUACAAAUUUAGACUAUAUGGGUUCUUGCAAAAAUCUCAAGUUUUGACAAUACUUACUUUUCUUUCUAAAUUUGUCUGUGAGUGACCAUGGUGACACUUGAUUCAAAAUCAAAAAUAACUCCCGAGCCUAUCAAGAUGACAACUGCAUAUGAACAGAUUACUAUAUCCAUCCCGUUUUCAUUCUGUACUUGGUCUUAUUCUAGCACUGUCUUUGCCAUUCACUCAUAAUCCUUCUUAUCUGUACCAUUGAAACUAAUUUUCCUAAUCAGUGUCACAGCCUAUGGUAGGAAUUGUUUUGUAGACAACAUCCAUCAUGAGACGAGAAUGUCCAGUUUCACUGUAGUCAUAUUGACAUACUAUUAAUAAAGCAACAGUCAUAUACUGCCCUGAUAGCCAUUUUGUCAAAGAGGUAGCUGUUAGUUGUUGUGUUGCCAUUGUCGCCAUCUCAUUUUACUGUACAUUGCCAAGUUUUAACUGUAAAUAUUACAUGAUGCUCAAAUAUUAUUUAUGAAUAAAACAAAUGAAAGAUGAAA